GCAGAGGUGACGGGCAGACGAGAGCAGGAGGAGCAGAGAAUACGCGAGCUUGAGCUGAUGCUAGACGGCCAGGCUGGAAGAACCUCUGGAGACGUGAUUGAAAAAACACAGGAGUACGUGGCAGAGCUUUUCGCGUCGCUCUCCGUGGAUAAGAGCUUAAAAGUCGAAUUCUCCGACUUGAUGGUCGACGCCCGAAGCGACGGGCAGAAAGACCUCUAUGGAAAAAUCACCCUGAAGUACACAGACAAAGACAGCGUGGUCGAGCAGGGCAUAUGCCUUGCCUUUAAGCCUGGACACCUUACAGUCACCCUGUGUCCGUGGGUCUUCCUUUCUCUUACGGACGAAAAAAAAGAGGCCUUCUUUGCGGUGGACAGCUGUUCAGAGCCCAAGGCCUUUGCCGAGUGUCUGUUUGCCAAGUACGUGGGCGUGUGGAUGGCCAGAGGCAUGGACCCGCAAGGAGACAAGCUUGCCGAACGCAUACGGGAGGCCACAGGCCGCCUGGCGGAAGAUGCAGCCCCAGAGCACCUAAACGAGCUUUUGGUGCUGGGGCUGGCUUUAAAGCAGGACCAGGCACUCGCAAUCACUAAGGACUUCAUCUUCCAUGCAGCAGCAAACGGUAUCGAGCUUGCCCAGAAGCACCCGGGCGUGCGCCUCCUCUCAAACCUGCUCGGCAGCCUUCCGCUGGACGACCCCAUGACGCAAGGGGAUGUGCUGGAGGGCCCAGUAUGCCUGGGCAUGCAGUGCGAGCUAUUUCCAAGAAUCGCCCUGGCAAAGAGAAUAACUGCUGUAAUCUAUAAUAACUCAUUCACUAUCAUCGAAAUAGGGAUCUACGCCGGAGACAACUGCACGCCCGCAGCAAACGCCAUCAUGAAGUACUUUAGAGAGUACAAAGAUAAAGCAGGCGAGCCUCUUUUCCGGUUCUACGCUUUGGCAAACUUUAUUGCCAUCACUAAAAUACUUCCCCUUUUGCAUGCAGACAAGUCAACGCGCCACACAGACGAAAUUGGCGCGCUUAUUAUGGAUGUGGAGGAGGAAGAUCGGGAGGAGGCACUGGACGCCAAGGCGCUCUUCGACCUCCUCCUGUUCCUCGUCAGCUUGAAACACAACGACACCCCGCCCGAUCUGAUGAUUGCUCUGUGGAGAAGGCUUGGGCCAAGGUCGAUACAGGCAUACAAUGGCGCCAAACACAUGCUUUAUAUCGGAAGAAGAGCAGCUUAUGCGAUGCUGGGGGCUCUGAAGGCGCACCAAAGCGCCCUGCUGCAGGCGCCCUGCGGAGCGGAGGUGUUCAGAGGCGUCAUGGACAUACUCCAGAAGGAAUAG